AUGGACCCGGCCGGUGAAGGCAGCAGCAAAAAAGGAAGAAAUAGACCGGACGGUAGCAAAAAACCAGCGAGGAGGCGGAAAGGGAGACCUCCGAAGAGCUCAUCAGUCUCACAGCUUAUCAAGCAACUGCGGGAAACCGUGUUCCCAGAGCCCGAUACACGAGCCACAAGGAAGCAGGUUCUUCAGCAGACUAAACACUACAUACUGCAGCUGGAGAACACUCUGGACUCUCUGCUAAAAAUGAAAAGUAACAUUCUCCUGGAAGACAAUAGCUCCUGUAGCCUGGAGGACAUCAAGUUGGAAUAUCUACAGCUAAUCAAUAAUGAUGAGGGUAGCCUGCCUGCUAACCCUCUCGAGGGUGAGAUGGACCCUGUGCUAUUGUACCUUCAACCAGAAGUUAAGAGAGACCUUGAAGAAUCAGUAGAAGAGUUAAAGUUAGAAAAUUCUACACAUUCUUUGUCUUCACCAGAUCUAAUGGAAUUUGAACGGUACCUGCACUUCUAUAAGCAGACUGUGGAUAUGUUAGUCGAGAACAGAGUGGUGUCAACAGGGCAGGUCACUCAUCCUGGUGUGUCCAAGGCCAUCUCCAGCCUGUGGCAAGAGCUUCUACAGGAAGGGAAAACCAAUAUUUAUCAGGAGCGUUUGUCCCAAGCCAGGAACACUGCUGCAUGCUCCUUCACAUUAGUUCCAGACCCAGGGUCCUUCAAAAGAGAUAGCGGGGCAGAGAGUCAAGAGGCCACUAGCUCAUUUCUGUCUUCUACUCCUGAAGAUGUUCUUCUUGAUGAUGCAUUUGAUUUGGCUGCUGGAUUUCUAGAUUGCAGUUCAAAGCAGACAUUUUCUAGUCCAGGAACUCCCAUAAAUGAAAGUUCCCCGUGGCAGAGUCCCACAGGAGAGAAGCAGCUUCACCAACACAUUUCUGAAUUCUUGAGGGCCAAAUUCUCUUCCUUCACCAAGGUUUAG